AUGAAACCUAGAAAACUACAUCUUGUCGGCAUACAUAAAAGAUCUCGUCUAACAUCAUCACGUUCAGAUCAAGCUGGUGUACGUGGAAUAAUAGAUUUACCGUAUCUCUGCGUAGAAUUAGCCUGGGAUCCACCUGAAGGUUUACACACAACCAGACAAGUUAGUUAUCAAGUGUUUGCACGAUUGACAGGUCCCCAAGAACUGGUGAAUGAAUUAACAGACACUGCUUUGGCUUCAAGUGAGAUAUAUGGGCCUAACUUGGAAAGAGAUGGUAGCCAUCCUAUGUUACAACGAAGACUAUUGGCUAAUGUUACUGGGAAUACAUUCAGAUCAUCAGAAAGUGACAAUAUUGGCUACGGACUGACCUACUUGUUCGAAGUUGCAUUAAUGAUACAAGCUCAACAGAUGCGCCUCCAUCAAGUAGCCCACUCCAUGUUCGUUUAA